ACGGUCUGAGCGCAUCCCGGUACUGCAGUCUCUUUGUGAGUAAUUCGCAUGCGCGUAUGUUUUGUAAAUUUCCGGCCAUUUUUAAACACGAGUGUUCAUGUUCGCAAUGGACGCCUCAGAAAAACGAACACAGCACACGUACAUAUAUGUGUAUAUCCUUUUUUUUUUAUCAACUUUUGUUUUAAGGUUCGGGCUAAGUUAUAACGCAUUUUAACUCCCUCUAUGUAGAAGAAGGGGAAUUAUGAGACCGGGACAUUUCCCAGUCAUGGUCUGCUUACAUACACAAAAUUCCCUUGUUAGCAACGCAUGCGCAUUCAUCACAAGGAGCCUUUUCAGCACAGGGGAGCUCUCAGACAGUCACACCGGCACCGACAGGAGUGAACCAUUCCGGAGAGGUUGCGGAGACAUGUGUGAACAGGUGGUGAAGUAUUUUCAGCGUCAGAUAAAGACGAAAGACGGUGCUGAGGUGACCUGGUCACACGCUGUGAACACCAGGAGCAAACUGGUCGAAGCGCUCCAAGGUCCCAAUCUUAUGAUUGAGGCUGACAUAAUUGUGAGAGGUCAUGACCCCAAGGAGCCAGUCAUGGGCCACCCUCCUGACACUGACAGUGACAUCACACUGAAGGAGUGGCUCGAAGGUGUCAAGAUGUAUGGCAAAGGAAUCAAACUAGACUUCAAGAGCAUGGAGGCUCUUUCUCUUUCUGUGGGCCUGUUGCAGGAAGUGCAGGCUCAGUUCACCUCUCCGGUAUGGAUCAAUGCUGAUAUCCUCCGAGGACCUGGAAGUCAAGUCAGCCCAUUGGAGCCUCAAGUUUUCUUAGCUGCUGUGAGGACCCUUCCCACUAAUGUUGUACUUUCCCUUGGCUGGACCACAAAGUGGGAUGCAGGAACUGAUAAUUCAGGCUACAGUUGGGAAAUGGUGCAUGAGAUGGAGGACAUAUGUCGAGGAUUGCAACAUCUUGUCACCUUCCCAGUAAGGGGAGCCCUUUUGGCCCAGUCUGUCUCUGAGCUCACAUGGCUGCUGCAACAGUCAGACAGGUCAGGGUGUGCCCUGCCCCCUGCCUGUUGACAGCUGGGAUAGGUUCCAGCACUCCCUGCGACCCUUGUGAGGAUAAGCGGCUAAGAAAAUGGAUGGAGGGGUGGAUGUGUAGCUUGAGGAAACGGACCACGUUUUAGAUGCAUAUUCCCUUGUGGAUUAUGUCGCGCACAGGUCAAACAAGCCCUACAUUUUUUUUUUUGCAUACAAGUUAAAUCCAUGGAUCGUAUAAUUUGUACCAGGGCCACCAUUCCCCCUGUUGAGAUCUGAGACUUCCCAUGGUUCAAGAUUGCCGCCUACUUAAAAAAUGUUUUUGAUCGAAUUUUUUUUUUUUGUGUGUCUGUGCUGACCUUUAUUUUUCCACAUUUUUAGUUCUGCUGGUAAGCUUUGUUGUUGCAUUUUGUUUAACACAUCAUCUGAAAGUAUGUCUUCAUUUGUUGCAUGGUCAGCUAAUCCCAUAAAGGUUUUGGCUGCUACUUCUUUUGCUGUUUUAUCUGUAAAUCCAUUUCCUCAUGAUACUUUGUCUGUAUUUGAUGUGUCUACUGUACAUUUACAUAUGGCUAUUUCUUUUGGUAAUUGAUCUGGUAUGAGCAAAUUUUGUAGUAGCUCUGCAUGUGUCACUGUGUUCCUUGUAGUUGUCACUAUUCCUCAAUUUUUCCAGUAUUGUCUGUGUAGAUUGUGAUACCACCGUGAAUACAGCAGCAUCUGGUUUCAGAUUGUUUUAAGACUGUCCAAUAAGAUUUUGUCUGUACAGUUCAGUCGUCCCAAUCCAAAUCUGGUUCUUUUUCUGUCCAAUCAGGAGCAUUUCGUACCACCAAUACAAAUUGUCCCAAACUCUUCCACUCCUGUUAAGUUCUUCAUGACGUGUGUGGUGGUGUCCAUUCCUUGUGUAAUGCAUUUAGUUUGUCAGUCAUUCUUGUUCCUGCCACCGCGACUGAUGUACCAUCUGAGUACAGAUAAUCAAUCAUGAUUUUGUCUGGUGUGGGCUGUUAUAAGUUUACAGUAUCUUAUACUAAAUUUUCACUUGCAAUGAGUCACUUCCUACGUCAUUUUGUGGUUGUUCAAACAUGUCUCGAGCAGUUUGCAGCAAGAGAUCUCCUGUUCUUCUGGGAGGUUUGUUUGGAAUAUCUAAGGUGUAAUAACAGAGUGCUGGGUUCCUAUUUUGUAAGAUAUUUAACUGUCCUUCCAGUUAUUCCUUUUUUUCUUUUUACUUCUAUAUUUCCUGUCAGAGAGGGAAUCAAGCCUAGUCCUAGUUUCAGCAAUCCAUCUCUUCCCAACAAACGUAUGGGGCAAAUUUAAAAAGUCGCAUUUUGGGAGCAUUAGUUGUGACAUUUUUGAUGGGGAGAUGGCUGCUCUAGUUAUGCGGUGGUGGGUGUUUUGUUUUUCACGUGAAAUGUGACCAUUUUCUCUAUAACAGCAGCAAAUAAUUUCUUUUUGAUCAAAUUUGCAUCCCCUCCCAAUUACUCUUCCCCUGCCUCUUCCUCAUCUGCGGCCACAAUUAUUAAAUGUUUUGCAUUAAGCUCCAUAAAUUUCUCCUUCCUCUGUCAGAAAGGUGUCAACUUUCUUUUUCGUAUUUUGUAGCUUUCUUUCUGCAUGUAGUGCUUGGUUAACGUAUUGUUACAGGCUGCCAGCCGGUUUAUCAACCCAAUGUUUUUCAAUCCAUAGUUUUGUAGGAUUAUUUGAAUUCGCAUGAAGAGCAUAUUUUAAUUACCCUUCAUACACACUCCUGUGUUCUUCAGGAAUGCCACUGUUAGCUUUAAAACGUGCAGUCAUUCCAAUUCUAUAUUCUUCAAAUGGUUCAUUGUUGUUUUAUUUUGCUCUUCCAAUGGCAGAAAAAAUUUGCUUUUUGUUUAACUCUAGCAGAUGUGCGCGAUAUUAACCCUGGAACUCCCUGCUGCUGUGAGAAAGUACUUUGCUGUCAUUCAAAUUUGUUGUACUUCCACACCAUUUAAGUGGUAAGAUUUUCUCAAGUCUUCCGUUCCUUGGAUGAAUUAUGUUACAUCAACUUUAUGAGAUGUGAUACCUUUUUAUGGCCGUUUUCACACCAUCUUGAGUCUUUUUUUUUUUUUUUGGUAUGUGUGUGUUUCUCUUAUUUUAUCCUGCAGGUUAACUAUAUAUAUUUUUUGUGUGUAUGUUGAGCUGGCCAGCAAAGUCAUAUUGUGUUAUCCACAAAUUUAGAUGUUUUAUUUUAGUAGCAAACCUUCACUCCAUAUGUGUUCUUCACAUGGUAAAAGGCAGUUUUAGUAAUUGAUUGAACUGUUGAAACUGACCCUUGAGGGACCCCUCAGGUCAUUGCCAUAUGUUGAGAUUAAGCACUUCCAAUGGUUACAAAGUAGCUCAAUUCCUCCAGGUAGGACCUGAACCAUUUAAGGACUGUUCCAUUUAGUCCUUCCCACAUUUCCAACCUGAUUAGCAGUAUUUUGUUAUCUACCAUAUCAAAAGCCGCACUGAUAUCCAACAUGAC